AACAACAGAACCGGAAAACGCACCGGAAGCGGAACCGGAAAGCUCCCGGAAGCGGCCCGGCCCGGCCCGGCGGGGCCCGGCGCCAUGGAGUCGCAAUGCGAAUAUUUCAUGUAUUUCCCCGCCGUCCCUUUCGCCGCUCGGGAGCUGCUGACGGGCGAACCGGGCCGGUACCGGGCCCUGCCCCGCCGCAACCACCUCUACCUGGGGGAAACCGUCCGCUUCCUCCUGGUGCUGCGCUGCCGCCCCGGCUCCGGUUCCGGGCCAGCCUGGGCCGAGCUGGCCUCAUCCCUGGCGGCUUUAGCGAGCGGGGUAAUGGGGAGAAUAGGGGAACGGGGCAAUAGGGGGAUAACGAGGGAUGUGGGAACAAUGGAGAAUAUGGGUGGGAUGUGUGGGGGGGGGGGGGGGGGGGGGGGGGGGGGGGGGGGGGGGGGGGGGGGGGCAACGGGUGUCCCUGUGUCCCCACACCCCCAGGUGCCCGUGGAGGACCCCAUUGUGUGCACGGACGAGGUGAUCUUCCCACUGACCAUCGCCCUGGACAAACUGCCACCCAGCACCGUCAAGGCCAAGAUCGUGGUGACGGUGUGGAAGAGGGACUCGGAGCCGGCGGAGCUGCAGGAGGGCGGUGGGUUCGGGGGGUACCUGGGGCUGCUGCAGGGCCGCGCGCCCACCCACGUCUUCCGACAGGAGCAGGGAGCCUUCAAGGCGCAGGGUACCCAAAACCCCCCCAGCCCCCCCCCCCCAACCCCUCGAUGUCCCCCCAUCCUCCUGAUGUCCCCCCACCCCCCCGCUGUCCCCGCAGUGCUGAACAGCAGCUCCCAGGAGGAAAUCUCUCUGCGUGACGUCCGGGUGCUGCCCAACUUCAACGCCAGCUACCUGCCCGUCAUGCCUGACGGCUCCGUGCUGCUGGUGGACGAUGUCUGCCACCACUCCGGCGAGGUCCCCGUGGGCUCCUUCUGUAGGGUGACGGGCGCCGCCCCGCCGUGUCCCUGCGCCCUCAGCGCCCUGGAGGAGCACAACUUCCUGUUCCAGCUGCAGGCGCCCGAGCGCCCGCCCGAGGACGCCAAGGAGGGCCUGGAGGUGCCGCUGGUGGCCGUCAUCCAGUGGUCCACCCCAAAGCUGCCCUUCACCAGCAGCAUCUACACCCACUACCGGUGGUCCCCAGGGAAGGCUCUGUCCGGUGAGGAGCGGCGCGCGGCGCAGGCGGCGCUGGACGCCAUCGUGUGCCACACACCUCUGACGCAUCUGGGAUCCUCGCGGAAGGGCAGCGCGAGAACCAUCCGCGUCGCCUUCCAGGCGCUGCGUGCCGGGCUCUUCGAGCUGUCACAGCACAUGAAGCUGAAGCUGCAGUUCACGGCGGGGGGGGCCCCCGAAGCUCGGCCCCCAUCCACCCCGCAGCGCCGCAGCAGCCCCGGCAGCGCCGUACGGGAUCUGGUGGAGCGGCACCAGGGUUUGGGGCGAUCCCAAUCCUUCUCCCAUCAGCAGCCGGCGCGGGGACACCUCAGCAGGUCAGGCAGUGCCCUGGAGCGCCGCGCCAUCACCCCCCCAGUGGGGUCCCCUGUGGGGCGGCCCCUCUACGUCCCCCCCGAAAAGACGGCGCUGUCCCUGGACAAGAUUGCCAAGAGGGAAUGCAAAGUGCUGGUGGUGGCACCCGUGCAGUGACGGUGACAACAGGGUGGUGACAAAAGGUGACAACGGGGGGACGGGGGACCCCCACCGCCCCCUGCUGCGAUGGGGGGAACGUAGGGGACGCCGUCCCCAGCCAAUGGGGUGACACGGGGAUGUGUCCUUUGGGGCAGGGAGGGGACAGCGGGGGAUUUGGGGGACGAUGGGGGACACUAGGGGACAUGGGGGCC